AUGGAAAUGGUUCAUAUUAGCAAUAAAAACCUCGGAAAUUCGAUAGAAAAAUACGUCCAAAUGGUUACGACUCUUUCUAGAGGCCCAUCGAUUGAGAAUUUGAUGCGUGCAGCAAUAGGUGUCACUGCAUUGCAUCAAUUUGGCAAUAAUGAUUUCACAAGGCUCACUGGAAUUUUCGAUCGACUUAUUCCUCAGAAUGAUUUAGAAUACGUUCGAUUUACAAGUUGGUGUGCCGGUAAGCUUGUUCACCAUCCAAGUUUUGAGCAGUCUAGAUAUGUUGCUCACUUAUUAGAAAGAUUACUUGGAUGGGUCCGUGCCUAUGGCCGAAGAUCCCGCCAUCUUGCAGCAGUCUGUCUCUUGGAAUAUCUAUCUCUCAACGCAGGCAGCGAGGUUGUCGUAUUUUUUGAACAGUGGCAAUCUGCUGUUUGGACUUUGGUAUCGCAUCCAUCAAUGCAGCUUAUACGCGCAACUGCAUCUGCUGUUAAUAUGCUUACUCGUGCAAUUUUACGUUAUAGAAGAAGUGAUUUAGACGCUUAUCUUUCAUUUUUCACUCAACUUAUUUAUAGAUUACUUUCAUUCGGUAGCCCAUUCAAAGUAUACGCUGCACUUAAGAUUCUCGAGCAGCUUAUUUCAUCUUGUCCUGACUUCUUCAGCUCAAAAUUCGGAGAAUUAUACGAUAUGAUAUCAGAUGCCACUUCUGAUGGUCCACUCCUUGUACAGGCCGAGUCAUACGUUUCAAUUUCACAUUUAACUUACGUAGAUUCAAAACAAUUUUCAGAUCUUUACGCAGACUCACUUCUCGAGAAAACUGAUGAGAUCCUCUUAGAGUUCCCACGCUGUAUCGGUGCAUCCCUGUCCAGGAUGAUCAACAACAUCCCAGAAUACAUGGAAACUAAAAUUGCCGACAUCAAACAAUACGCAAUCAAUCUUGUCAACGAUCCAGAUUGGAGUUUCGAUCUUCUUACGGCCGCCACAAAUAAAUUUGGCGAAAAAUUUUUGCCGAUUGAUGAAGAUUUAAUCAUGAAACUGAUGAAAACGCCAAUGACAAACUAUUUCAACAACUUCUUCAUAGCGUAUACAAGAGCUAUAGGCGAGAAAAUCAAUCCUACGAUCACAGAAGCACUUGCAACAAAAAUCAUCGAUGAAUUUUCUACAAGUGAAACAAUUCUUGCGCUAGAUCUGAUUGCCGGUCUACCAGGAUUCGCCCUCAAACAGAAUGGAACUCUUAAUACUCUAAUUACAGAAAAAUCUAUGUUCGAAGCUGACGAAAUACGCAAAGCAAUACCCGCAGCACUUUAUUCACUCGCAAAAUCUACGAAUCAACCGGAACAUAUCCGCGAAACUACAGAAAAGCUGUUCCAAUUAGCUUUAUUUGAUCCUUCCACGGAUGUCAGGCUUUCCAUCCUUCGUGCUCUUAAGCGUGAUGCUAUUAAGGAGCUUGCCGAUCCAGAAGCGGUCAAAUUCCUUCAACUUUUCGCUAAUGAUGAUUCAACAUCCGUCAGAAACUUAGUUUUCCAGACAAUUGCAGCUCUCGGAGACAUAAAUCCCAUGUAUGUCUCAAACAUCACUCGCCAUGCCCUUUUGGAGCAUUUUUAUUCGAUCAAAAAUGUACCGGGAAUUAGAUUACGUUCUCGAGUGAUCAAAACCCUUCCAGACCUCAUCACAGCCACCGGCGCGACCAUGAAGAUCUACGCUAAGCCAUUUAUGGAGAUUGCCAUGGACAUAUUAUUGCAUCCACCGGAAAAAUCGACAUUAGAGAACUUUUUAGAGCAAGAAGCAGUCACAAACAUCGAAAUUGGCCUGUUUGACUCCAUUGCAUUGAUUGCUCCCAUUGCUCCAACCAUAAUUGCAGAAGAUUCCUAUCAUUUGAUUCCAUUUUUAUGCAACAAACUCCAUACAAGUGAAGACAGAGCACUUUUACUGUCAGAUCUCCAUCUUUUAUUUGUUCUUUCAUCACCUCCUGCUGCUGUUGUCCAAUACAGAAUCAUGGCUCCACUUAUUUUAUCCGCGUGUUCUAAAUUACUUGCGAACACACAGUCAAGAAAGGUGAGAAUGGCCAUUCUGAGAGUUAUUGGCUCAUUAGGAGUAUUAGAUGUUCAUCAGAGAUCUCCUCCAAUGGGAUCGCAAGCACCAACUAAUUUAGAUGACAGAUUGACAAGGUCAUUCUUCACUCCGUCGAGAGAUUUAGAUAAUCCCAUUGAUGACACAUUAUUACUCAAACCAGAAACAUGCGAACAAUGCUACGUAAAUGUUGUUGCAACAGCUCUGUUGAAGAUAUUAAAUAACGAUGAAUUAUCAGAACUAUAUGGAGAUACAGUAACAAGUUUAUGCGAUGUGUUGAAGAAUCCAAGGAUGUUCAUGCUGACUUAUUUCGAUCAGUUCUUCAACAGGUUCUUGGUCAUUUUAGAUACAGCAAGUGAAUCUGACAUGCAGUUGUAUUUACCUAUUUUAUCAAAACUCAUUGUUGAAUCAUCGCAUAAUUCAACACCAUUCACUGAAAGAGUUUUGAAUUUCGUUGUAUCUCAUUACAAUGAUAAAUUAGGUGUUCUUUAUUUGGAUGUUAUCAUUGCAUUAGUUACUACUUUACGAGAUGGUUUUGUUCCUUACGCAACAACAGCUAUUUCUUUGUUAGUUUCUUGUUUGGAAGCAAUGAAAUCUCAAAACGAAGAAGUUUGCGACAGAGUUUUCAAAGCUUUCUCACAAACAGGAAUUUACGCUGUUGAUUUGCUGUAUUUGAUUGUUCCUCAGAUCUGCGAUGUAAUUGUUUCUGAACAAGCCUUGGUGGGAGUGAGAAAACUCGCUAUUCAAUCACUCAAAAGAAUUGCACAAGAUGCGGAAUUAAUUCUUUAUUUAGGACCAAUUGUAAGAGCAAUUAAUUACGCAUUAGGUUGCAAAUGCGCUGAUAUCAAAGAUGAUGUGUUCGAUCUGAUAUUCACAUUGCUCAAAACACAGGGAAGACCAUUCGUAAAGAACGCAAUGCCACUCAUAAAUUACAUAAGAAGAACUGGAAGCGCAAAUUCUGAAUUUGAAGCAGCAAUUGAAUCUGCUCAACAAAUUGAGAACUUUACACCGACGAUAACUGCCACUCCACCGAUAAUUCGGAGAAAGAAAGCCACUGAACAUCCAUUUAGCGAAGACACAUUGAUAGCAAGAGCCAUUACUCCAACUCUUGGAUAUGGAAGGCAUUUGGAACAAUGGUUGCAUUCGUUUAUGAUUGUUUGUAUCAAUUCAAGUCCGAAUGAAGAUAUAAGGUGUUGCACGACAUUGGCGACUAAUUACCAACCAUUGGCAAUGAUGUUGUUUAAGAUUGCCUUCUUUAGCUGUUGGAAGAAACUUUCACAACAAGGAAAGAGUGUUAUUACUAAUACUUUUCAUUCUUUGUUGAUUGCAACAGAAAAUUACGAAGUUGUUACAAACGAAAUCAUGGACUUGAUUUUCUUCAUGUCAAAAUUUGAAGACAUGAAGAUUCCUCUCAAGCAUUUAGUCUCUUCCGCAUUGAGAUAUGGAUCAAACGCAUUUGCUCUCUGUAUACAACAAGAUGCAAUACAAAGAGGUGUCAUCAAGAAGAAGAUGGCGAAAAUGCUCAUUGAUACAUUCAUCAAUUUGGGAGAAUGGAAUAAUGCAAUUGCUGUUUGGAAACAAUACAGUUCUAUGAUACCUAAUGCAAACAAAGAAGACUUUUUAAGUAAAUUACACAUGUGGGAUGUCGCUUUACCUAUCUACGAACAAAAGUACAAACAAUCGAAGAAUCCAAACUCAUUUAACGGAUACAUCAAAUCACUUUCUAAUUUAGGACAAUGGCCAACAGUUGUUGAGAACGUGAAGAACUUCGAAGACUUGAAUUUGACUGCAAAAGAGAUGUAA